AAAUAUUAGAAUUUCAUGAACUGCCUGCUUUCUAUUCGCGCAAUCUCUCUAGGGUUUUCUUCGGGUCGUCUCGCGCCAUUAUUGCCGUGUACUGUAAGCGGAUCCAUCGGUUGAUUUCCGAUAGAUGGCCGGCACCGGAAUGCACCCGUACCACCAGCAAUGGGCUCCAGCUCCGGCUCCCGCUGCAGCGCCACCUCCUCCUCCGCCGCACGUUCCUUCAAUGCCCCUUAAUGACCCUAAUCGUCCCCCUACCGACGAGGUGCGUACGAUUUUCAUCUCCGGGCUGCCGGAGGACGUGAAGGAGAGAGAACUCCAGAACCUUCUUAGGUGGCUACCGGGUUACGAAGCAUCUCAGGUCAACUUCAAAGGCGAACACCCCAUGGGGUUUGCUCUUUUUACCACUCCUCAGUUCGCCAUUGCUGCCAAGGAUGCCCUUCAGGACAUGGUUUUUGAUGCGGAGUCUAAAUCUGUGCUGCAUACUGAGAUGGCCAAAAAGAACCUUUUUGUUAAAAGAGGAAUUGUUGCUGAUUCAAAUGCUUAUGACCAGAGCAAACGGAUGCGGACUGGCGGUGAUUAUACACAUACUGGGUACUCUAGCCCCUCUCCUUUUCACCCCCCUCCUGCACCAGCUUGGGGGCCACCUGCGUACAUGACUCCACCACCUCAACCAUAUGAUCCAUAUACUGGUUACCAUGUUCCUCCUGUGCCAAUGCCUGUUCCUGCUCCUAUGCCUGCAGCACCAAGCAGCUAUGUGCCUGUCCAGAAUACAAAAGAUAAUCCUCCUUGCAAUACCCUUUUCAUUGGCAAUCUUGGAGAGAACAUAAAUGAGGAAGAGUUGAGGGGCCUGUUCACUGUGCAACCUGGUUAUAAGCAGAUGAAGGUAUUGAGACAGGAAAGGCAUACUGUAUGUUUCAUUGAGUUUGAAGAUGUGCAGAGUGCCACCAAUGUGCACCAUACCUUGCAGGGUGCUGUUAUACCUAGUUCUGGUGCUGUUGGCAUGCGGAUUCAAUAUUCAAAGAAUCCAUUUGGAAAAAGGAAGGAUUUCAAUCACAUUUCCCCUGCUGCAAAUGGAGCUCCACCACCUAUGACCUACCAGUAGCUGGAAGGGGAUGUAUUCUGUUCUCUAUGCUCUGACAAAUACAAAUCCUUACAUGAUAGGAUGCAUCAUGGACAGCUGUUGCAUGCAUCCAUGUAAUCAUCAAGUCAUCAGCAUUAGCAUCUCUUCUCAUGUGAAUGAAUGCAAACUGUUGCAUCAUGAACAUAUUCUUGGACCAUCUUAUAGUUUACCCAGGGCAUGCAUUUGAAGCAGUGGCAUGGCAAGAAAAGCUAACUUCAUUGGUUCAUGUUUUUGCAACAUAUUAUAUUAAGGAUGCAUGUAAUUUUUAGUGUAGAAAUUAUGUGAUUUGACUUUGCACUAUGCCAUAUUUACCUAAGAUGUCAUGAAUGCUUCCUUUCUUAGA